GCUUCAUGUUAGGAGGACACCCCUCCAUCUGUUCACAGCUCAGCCUCUUUCCAAUUUAAAGCCCACAUUUCCAUGCAAACCUCAAUUUCUUUUCCCCAUUUUAAAUGCAAAGCAAGGCUUGUGAAUCACAGAGUCUCGGCUACUGGGAUUCAGACCAAAUUUCCCCCCAAAAUUCUCGGGCCCUUUGCUUGAAUACCUGCUUACAGUGGUACACAAUGGGCAGCUUUGAGAAGAAAAAUUGAUAAUCUUCACGGAAGAGUAAUUUGAAUGAAAUUACACUUGACAGCCUGUCUCCAAGCAAACAAGAGGCGCGAGGGAGCCUUAGCUAAGCUCCCAGGACCUGCCCGGGCCACUGCCGGGGGAGCUUCCCAGGGAAAAAAAAUCACCAGUUUUUCCAACAUCUAAUUGAGCUUUUGAUUAAUUCCGUGUAGCCGAGUCUACUGAAGAAAGGUAGCCAUGGAAGAGAAUAUGGAAGAGGGGCAGACACAAAAAGGGUGUUUUGAGUGCUGUAUUAAAUGCCUGGGAGGCAUUCCCUAUGCUUCUCUGAUUGCUACCAUCCUGCUCUACGCUGGGGUUGCCCUUUUCUGUGGCUGCGGUCAUGAAGCACUCUCUGGAACUGUCAACAUUCUGCAAACCUACUUUGAGAUGGCAAGAACUGCUGGAGAUACACUUGACGUCUUUACCAUGAUUGACAUCUUCAAGUAUGUGAUCUACGGCAUCGCAGCUGCAUUCUUUGUGUAUGGCAUUCUGCUGAUGGUGGAAGGUUUCUUCACGACCGGUGCCAUCAAAGAUCUCUAUGGGGAUUUCAAAAUCACCACUUGCGGCAGAUGCGUGAGCGCCUGGUUUAUCAUGCUGACAUACCUUUUCAUGUUGGCCUGGCUGGGGGUCACGGCUUUCACCUCCCUGCCAGUCUACAUGUACUUCAACCUGUGGACCAUUUGCCGAAACACCACCUUAGUGGAGGGAGCCAAUCUCUGCUUGGACCUUCGUCAGUUUGGGAUUGUGACGAUUGGAGAGGAAAAGAAAAUUUGCACCGUCUCUGAGAAUUUCCUGAGGAUGUGUGAAUCUACCGAGCUGAACAUGACCUUCCACUUGUUCAUUGUGGCGCUUGCCGGGGCCGGGGCAGCUGUUAUUGCUAUGGUUCACUACCUUAUGGUUCUGUCUGCCAACUGGGCUUACGUGAAAGAUGCCUGCCGGAUGCAGAAAUACGAGGACAUCAAGUCGAAGGAGGAGCAAGAGCUUCAUGACAUCCACUCUACUCGCUCCAAAGAGCGGCUCAACGCCUACACAUAAAUCCGCCCUGCCUGUCCUGCCUGCCAUCUAGAUGCAUUGGUGUUUAACGAAGGGCCAUCCAACCGUCCAACCUUGUGAAAACUAAAAUGGGAGUGCUUCUCAUCAAUGAUCUGUAGGGUGACUUAUGAAUCACCUGACCACAAUUCUUUGUUGUUUAGCACGUAAUUUCCUAAUUUGUUAAAUUGGUGUGAACAAAUCUCUUCUACAAGCUCCUAUCCAGCCUUUUCCUUUUUUAAAUUUCUCACACUCAUUUAAAUAAUUCUGUAAGAUUGAAGAUACUAACAUUGUCAAGUGCAGAGAUUUUAUUUGAUUUUUAACCACUUCCCAUGUGUUGAUACAUAACACCUUUUGCAUUAUUUCUUAUGUUUUGAGAAGAAAAAUAGCUUUUUAUACUUUUUAGUUUUGAUUUCGGUAACUAGUUUAACUACAGGUAACCUUCAAAGGGACCAUUGUACAUUUUGAACAAUAGACAGAGAUGGUAUCACGAGGACUCUUCUUGAAAUAUGGAAAUCUCGUCUGGAGAUCAGUGGCCACGUUACCACAGGCCCUGGUUCAUAUUUUCAUCAAUCUAAGGUGCAGUUUCUAAAUUUGUAAGAGUAGGUGUAAAAAAAAAAAAAAGUGCUUCUUAUCUUUGUUAACAUUGUAUUUUUUUUCUUGAUGUAUUUCUCUCUUGAUUACUCAUGUUUAUGUUGUGAGCACAUGGAAACAGUGAUGCUAAUGCAUGGCUAGUUGCCUUUUUAAGAUUGUGACACCAGACUUACCUUUUAAAGCUUAGUAUAGAGACAAUUUUACUGGAAAUAACUACUGUGAACUAUUCAAGAAUGAUCUCUUUGUGAUUUAAGCAGUGGCUGGAUUGGAACUUUUAAUAUGCUAAUGUGGAACAUUAAUUACCUUUAUGAAGGUGGUAUAUUAAAAAUAAGCACACUAACCCCUCCGAAGUUGUUUUACCUACUUUAAAACGUUUUAACGGAUUGCACCUCUGUAAACUAUCCCUCCAAUGUGUAUGAUAUAUUUGAAAAGGCUUCCAUUAAUAUAAUAGCUUUGCUUGCAGCCUUCCGAUCUAUGUUGGUUCACCUGUAGUGUUUUUUAAAGUGUGGUCAGAGGCCACGAUAGAAUGUAUCCCUUCCAAGUGUAGUGAUAUAUCUGUGUUUUUCUUUGAAGUAAGUCAUUUUAACCAAAUGUUCAGUCAUAAUCAUUUAUAAGAAGUACCUAUAUCAAAGGAAUUAAAAAAAAAAAGCAAUCAGUAUUACUGGACCAAAAUUGGUGUUUGUUUUAACCUUGACUCUUCUUUUGAUUAUUUCUAAUGCUACAAGAAUGCUGUAAAGUGUCUUUUAAAAUGCUGUAGCCUGACAAGACAUUUUUGUCAGUGUAUAAAAAAUUAGGUAGUAUCGUGCACUGAUUUGACCAUUGUGAAAUCUUUUCUCAGUGUAAGUGCAUUUCUAAUAAAAUUUAUGAGUGAAACAAUCUUUGUACAACGACUAGUCAUGCAUCAUCCGUAAUUUUACAAGUUCUUGUAGUAGGUAGCGGGGUAUUUACUAGGGUUAUCUGUGGCAUGAUUAUGCAUUCUGUAGUAUUAUUUAAUUAAUUUGGGGUUUUGCUUUUUUUUUUACAUGUAGAUUAUCUUACUGGUUCAACAAUUUUCUGAUAUAUGCAGUAUUACAGAUAUUCAGCAAAAGUAUUAAUGGGCCUCUUUAAAUUCUAUAUUAUAGUGUUUCAGUUCUGUGUCUUAACAGUUUGUGAUGAUUUUUAAAACUGUCUUUUAAACUUAUGUAAUGAUGUUGAUGCUUUCAGCUUUUUUUUUUUUCCUGGUAUUAGAGUUUGUAUUUUCACAAAGAGUGCUUUGUAGCAGGCAUUACAAUUAAUCUGUUUUGUACAUAAAUGUGCCAACAGCUUGAUGGUGGCGUUUUUGAAAUGUAGAACAAAGUGCUUGCAAAAAUGUAAUAAAUACACUUGUGUACUUUGUGUACUUAUUAUUAGU